CUGAGAUCACCAGUUCCUUCUCAAAUCUUGAGCUUGUCGCGAAUAAUCCAUCAAUGAUGGUGAAUAUUCACAUCCCCGACCCACUGCUGAUGGAACCUAGGACACGACGUAGGAGGGAACUCAGGCCAUAUUCGUGGCCUAUGUACUCCGGAAAGUGCUUCCUGUGCCCUGCUGCCGUUCCUGGUGAAAAGGGUUUUGCAGGUCCACAGGGUGUUCCAGGAAGGGAUGGCAGAGACGGACGGGACGCCCCGAUAAAUGACGCACCCUGCCCACCGAUUGAGGAGCCAAAACCGACUUUAAAUCCAGAGCCGACAGAGGCAUCGAAGCCGACUGAAGCACCCCCUGUGGAAAACGCAACUCUUCCCCGUGUUGUCUAUAUCCGCUGGGGACACGACGAGUGUCCUGAAGGAGCAGAAUUAAUAUAUUCAGGGAGUAUGGGAGGUUCCAACUACGGCCAUACUGGCAGUGGUGCAAAUCAUCUCUGCAUGCCAGAUGAGCCGGUUUACGACGAACACGUUGGCUCAAACUCUGACCGAGCACUCCUCUACUCCACCGAAUACAUGCUCCCUUAUUCUCCCAAUACGCGUAUAUCCGAGAAGAACGCUCAUGCUCCAACCUGUGCAGUCUGCAGGGCGCCAUCUGGCCGCACUACGAAGCUGAUGAUCCCAGCCCGCAACAUCUGUCCUGAUGACAAGUGGCGUUUGGAGUACGCUGGUUAUCUCAUGGCAGGGAAAAGCACACUAAAGAGAUCAAAAUUUAUUUGUGUUGACCGAGAAAUGAUUCCUAUACCGGGGACUCAAGGGAGUCAGGGUGGGGGGUAUCUGUAUUUAACAGAAAUGCGUUGUGUGAAUGGAGGGGGUUUGGAUUGUGGGCCCUAUGUCAAUGGUUACGAAAUUACGUGCGCUGUAUGCACUAUGUAGAACAUU